GCAGGUGGAGCCCGACGGCAGCCACCCCCGGGACCAGACUUGGCGCGGGUGUCUCCAAGAUGCUCGAGGGCCUGGGGUUGCCCGCCUCGCCACCGGCAGCUGCGAGCACCUCGGUCGCGGGGUCGUCGGGGCCCGCGGCCUGCUCGCCUCCCUCCCCCUCGGCCCCGAGGUCCCCGGAGUCCCCGGUCCCCCGGCGGGGCGGUGUGCGCGCCAGCGUCCCACAGAAGCUGGCCGAGACGCUGAGUAGCCAGUAUGGGUUGAUCGUGUUCGUGGCGGGGCUGCUGCUGCUGCUGGCCUGGGCGGUGCACGCCGCGGGCGUGGGCAAGAGCGACCUGCUGUGCUUCCUGACGGCGCUCAUGCUGCUGCAGCUGCUGUGGAUGCUGUGGUACGUGGGCCGCAGCUCCGCGCACCGCCGCCUCUUCCGCCUCAAGGACACGCACGCCGGCGCCGGCUGGCUGCGCGGUAGUAUCACAUUGUUUGCAGUCAUUACCAUCGUCCUGGGAUGCCUUAAAAUUGGAUACUUCAUUGGAUUUUCAGAAUGUUUAUCAGCCACUGAAGGAGUUUUCCCUGUCAUGCAUGCAGUGCACACUUUGUUGCAGGUGUAUUUUCUUUGGGGGCAUGCAAAGGAUAUUAUCCAGUCUUUCAAAACACUGGAAAGGUUUGGGGUGAUCCACUCAGUGUUCACCAACCUGCUUCUGUGGGCCAACGGUGUCCUCAAUGAGUCCAAGCACCAACUCAAUGAGCACAAGGAACGGCUCAUCACUCUGGGCUUUGGGAACAUAACAACAGUUUUAGAUGACCACACGCCGCAGUGUAACUGCACACCCCCAACUCUCUGCACUGCCAUCUCCCACGGGAUCUACUACCUCUACCCCUUCAACAUAGAGUAUCAGAUCCUGGCCUCCACAAUGCUCUACGUCCUAUGGAAGAACAUCGGGCGCAAAGUUGACAGCCAUCAGCACCAGAAGAUGCAGUUCAAGUCUGAUGGGGUCAUGGUGGGCACAGUCCUGGGCCUGACUGCGCUGGCCGCCACCAUUGCCGUGGUGGUGGUGUACCUGAUCCAUAUUGGGCGCUCCAAGACCAAGAGCGAGUCGGCGCUCAUCAUGUUCUACCUGUAUGCCAUCACCCUGCUGAUGCUUAUGGGGGCUGCGGGUCUGGCUGGAAUCCGGAUUUACAGGAUAGAGGAGAAAUCACUGGACGAGUCCAAAAAUCCAGCCCGCAAACUGGACUCAGACCUCUUGGUGGGCACCGCCUCGGGCUCCUGGCUUAUCUCCUGGGGCUCAAUCUUGGCCAUCCUCUGUGCCGAGGACCACCCCCGCUACACCUGGUACAACCUGCCCUACUCCAUCCUGGUGAUGGUGGAGAAGUACAUCCAGAACCUCUUCAUCAUCGAAUCCAUUCACCGAGAGCCUGAAAAGCUCUCUGAGGACAUCCGAACGCUUCGCGUGGUCACAGUCUGCAAUGGCAAGCCCGUUGCUUCUUCCUGCCUCAAAAGUGGAGGUGUGGCUGGAGAUGUGGCUCCCCGGGGCAGGGACAUGCCACCAGCAGCCGAAGGAAAUGUGUGCAUGAGAGAAGGCUGUGGCAAGGAGGAGGAGAAGCAGGAGGAGAGCAGCUGGGGAGGGAGCCCAAGCCCAGUCCGCCUUCCCCGUUUCUUACAGGGCAACGCCAAGAGAAAAGUCCUGAGGAAUAUUGCAGCCUUCUUGUUCCUCUGCAAUAUUUCGCUUUGGAUACCUCCUGCCUUUGGCUGUCGACCCGAGUAUGACAACGGAUUGGAGGAGAUUGUCUUUGGCUUUGAACCCUGGAUAAUUGUGGUCAACCUGGCCAUGCCUUUUUCUAUUUUCUACCGAAUGCACGCAGCUGCCUCCCUCUUUGAGGUCUAUUGUAACAUAUAGUCUGGGUCCACAAGAGACAGAGGAGUGAGCUAACAAGGGUUCAUUGGAGCCACCUGGGAGUAGCCAGGUUGGACAAAUAUUGCCUGACAAAUAUGAGAAGGGCCACCUUUUGUCUGCAAAGAUUGUGCUUCCUGUGGGCUGGAACUGUUCAUCACCCCUGAUGAAUGUAAACAAGUUAAAUCAAAAUCCAUGAGGUGGCUGGAAUCUAUCCAAUAUAA